AUGGUGCCAUUAGCAUAUCAUGAUCAAGACUUUGUGCAUUUAGACAACUCUGAGCAACAAACUACAAACAAUUCAAUGCUAAACCAAUUCACCAGCCAACCUGUGGCUAAAGAACAAUCUCAAAAUACAGUCACAGUGCCCCCAUCAAGCUUUAACAAGAAGGCUCAGAGCUUCUCUACACUGCCUUCUCCGAACUCUAAAGUGAGACAAGGUUCCUCUACCAGGGCUAUGAAAUCAUCAUCAUUAUACUCCAAACACCCUCAAAAAGACCCCUAUUCAAAAAGUUCAUUGAACCCCUCUUGGAAAUCCUUGGACUCAUCUUUGUCUCACCACAAAUCUCAGACAACGUCUUCAUCUAGCUUUAGCAGUACUUCAUCAUCAGAACCUAGCCAAAUAUCUGUGAGAUCAAGAUUACCCCUCCCAAAGCCUCAGACAUCAUCAGGUGUUGACCUUUGCUGGAAAUCAUCUUCACUGGAGUCUGCUCAAAGAGUCUCCACAUCAUCACCAUCUUCCCUUCAAUAUCAAGAAACACCUUCCCUAAAUAUCAUCUGGACUUCACCUUCUUUGGAAUCAAGUCCAAGUGAACCGAACACAACUUUAUGUAAAUCUAGAUCACAGAAGGAAUCGUCAUUGGACUGCCUUUGGUCAUCUUUACUAGAAUCCAGUCAAAAAACGUUGAGCUCACCGCCAUUCAACCAAAAACUUCAAAGAAAUGACUCCCCUUCAACUUUAUCUUCUCUGGAGUCCAGUCGAACAGCUCAGAAUCCAACCUUGCCUGACUGUAAACCUCUGAAAAGUCCUGCAUCAAACUCUAAUAACAAUGUUCUGAGUUUGCCAUUGUCUCAAGUAAAAUCAAGGAAACCACCUAUAUUACCACAUUCUACUCAUCCAUCUCACAGUUUGCCCGUGUGCCAGCCAAAACCUAAAACAGCGCUCAAAGGUGAUCACAGUACCCGGGCCCUCAGUUCACCUGUUUGUCAUUCCAAGUUCCAGAGUACUACUUCACCCAAGGACAAACACAGAGCCCGUCAACUACCAUCAGUUCAUCCUAAACCAAAUAUCUCAGGUCAAGGAGUUUCAAGUCCCAAGCUGUGCAUGAAGAACAAAAAUGCUUCAGCUCCGAGUUCCAGACUCCAGAGUAAAGGAAAUGUUGAACAAAGUUUGAAGACAGAACCAGAGAGUGAAGUCCCGUGGUCUUUAGAUUAUAGUCACCCCUGCAUUAUUAAAGGUGGAACUGUCCCUGUAGAUGUCGUCAAUAAAAUUGUCAAUUCUAUCUCCAAGUCUACAAUUCAGAAGGAUCUCUCUAGGCAAAUUCUCUUUCGAAGAAUGAGGGGAAAGCCAAAUCCUCGUCCUGGUCCUCGUCUUUCAUCAACAUACACUGUUUGUUUAGAAUGUGGUUCCUGCAUAAAAUCUCAAUGUAGCCAUCUUACAGGAAAGAAGGAUCCUCGAUGCGCAACCCUCUUUGUCAUCCCAACACCUGAGAGCAGGGCUGAUGGCAAAGUAGACGUGAAAAUAGUCCUUAUCCUUUCUCUACCAGAGGCUUCCUCAUCCUGUUACCAACUUCCCAUGAAAGAUGAUCAACCUGAAGAUAAUUCAGAAGCCCUUGAUGGUAAUCUUGAAGAAUUAGAGAAGAUAACACACUUUUUCCCUGCAUCUGAAUCCGAUUUUAUCCAGGGGAUUAAGACAAAUCAAAAGUGGUUGGCUGUAUCCUCUGAGGACAGAGAUAUAAGCCAAGAACCCCAGGCUAUUGACUGGCUGCUUUAUGUUAAAAACAGGAAUACCGUUCAGCCCCAAGCCCCAGUUCAAGCCCCAUCUUCUUCGUCUUCUUCUUCUUGUUCCUCCUAUUCCUCUUCUUCCUCCUCCUCAUCUACUGGCUUUCCCUCCUCAUCCUCUCCUUGCAAAGACCCCACUCCAUCUCCUCCCCCAAGUUAUGUCCUUGCCAAGGUAAGAAGUCACCACCGGUUACCUCCAGGUGUCUCCUGGCUUGAGUUCAUACGGGGUACAAGUUCUGAAAGCACGAAAAUGAGACAAUCCGCGUUACCCAAAACCAAGCGUGUGAGGACUCGCAACACGAAAACCAUGAAAAAGGGGAAAAAGGGAGCCAACACACUGCUCAGAUAUCUCCAAACAAAGUUCCAAAAUGAGAAAUCCUGA